UACAUUUGAGUCGCAUGGUGGGACUCGGUCGGCUUCGUGUCUCUCGUGUGCGUGUGCCGGCAACACAAACCGGGAGAUAUUCGAAAAUACGAGUUUACGUUGCACGUGUGCAUGUGUCACUUCCACUCCCCCUUUGUAGGCAACCACCCCCAACCCAACUCACUCAUCAGCGCAACAAUCUCUGUUUAUGUCCAAGUCAAAAUGUCGUGUUGAAAGCGUUCAAUGCAAAUAUACAUAAAAUGCAUUCAACAAUUACAAAAACGAUGCAAAACUAACAGUCGAAAUAAAACAAUAACACACACUAUAAUAGUUAGUGCCAUAUUGUAUGGUGGCGACAUCUGUUGGCCGGCAGCAGCAGCGUGUGUGUGAAUUUCAAUUUCCGCUUGAAUCGCAGACUUUAAGCAACGUUCAUCCGGGGUUUUUAUUUUGUUUCGGGUCAAAUUUAAUUAAAUUGUUGCUUUGCAGCAUAUGUACAAAAAUUUCGUGUUUGCAACUUUGUGUAAAAACAAUUCAAGUUUUCAGUUCGUCGGCUCGUCACGUAUUAUAUUUUUUGUGUUUUUUCGAUGAUGGAAAUUUAAUUAAAGCCUGAAAAGAAUUCACUUGAUUGAAAUUGUUGCCACACUAAGUGGCAUGGCAUAUUGCAGUGAAAUCACAGAGUGAAAGAAGAAACGAGACAGAGAAAGAGCUGCUCAUAAAACUUGCAUAACUAGUUGUAACUAUAGGAAAAUGCAUUAAUAAAAUAAUAAUAAAAUCAUGUGUGUAAAUAUGCCAAUAAAUUGGAUGAAACUGAAAAGUGUGCAACUCUCAAGGGCCAAGGAGAGAAGCGGAGGGAGCGAAGCGGCAACAACAAGUAGGUGCCGCAGGACGAAGGACAAGGACUACGCAGGACUCGUCGGCUGCACGUCGCUUGCCUUUGUUCUAUACUUAAACACAUUAAACGCUGGAUUUGUCUACGAUGACAGACGCGCCAUCUUGGGCAAUGCGGAUGUAACGGAAGCCAAUAGGCCAUCGCUGCUUCUACAGCAUGAUUAUUGGGGCACAUCGCUGCUGGAUGACGGUUCCCAUGGCUCCUGGCGUCCAUUGUGCGUGCUGAGCUUUCGUCUCGAUUACCAGCUGGGACACGGCAAUGCCUUCGUCUUCCAUCUGACCAACCUGCUGCUGCAUUGCCUUGCCACCGCACUCGUUUUGCUUGUGGCACACACGUUGCUGCCCCCGUCCCACGCCACACGUGUCGCCGCUCGUGUCGCCGCCGCCCUCUUUGCCACACAUCCCAUUCACACCGAAGCCGUUGCCGGUCUUGUGGGUCGUGCCGACCUCGGCGCCUGCAUCUGCUGCCUACUCUCGUUCUUGGUCUAUCAUCGUCACAUGCAGCUCAGACCACAUGCCAGCUCCUUGAUCCUUGCCAUCGUCUUGGCCUUGGCAGCUCUGCUCUCCAAGGAAACGGGCAUUGCAACUCUGUUGAUCUGUGGCCUCUGCGAUGUUUUGCGUGCCAAGCAGCAAGGAAGGCAACAGAAGCCCAGCGAAGCGGACAAGCAUCGCUUUCGCUCUUUAAGCAUACUUGGAAUCGCGCUGCUCGCCGCCUUUUAUUGUCGCCUUUGUCUUGUGCCGCGACCCACUGCAAACUUCUCAGCCGCCGACAAUCCGACAGCUCAUGAGAGUUGCUGGUGGACACGCACGUUCACAUUUCUCCACCUGCCGGUGCUGAACUUGCAGCUGUUACUUUGGCCACAAAAUCUGAGCUUUGAUUGGGGCAUGGAAGCGAUACCUCGCAUAAGAACUUUCUGGGAUUGGCACAAUGCGUUCAGUGCGGCUUUCUAUGGCACACUUUUAACUCUAACUUGUAAAGGAAUGCGAUUGCUGCUGCCCAGCAUGAACUAUGUGGCUUACAAUGUGGCAAGCAUUGUCUUGUUGCUGCUGCAACGUUUGGGAGGCAGCAGCUGCCGCGCGUGGCAAGGACUCAUCUGUGCCUGCAAUCAUCAGUUGAUCUUUGGCAGCCAAAUUAAUAUCAAACGGAACUCAAAGAGCUCUACAGUAAACGUUAACUCGACGCUUCUCAUUUGCAUUGCUUUUCUAACGCUGCCUUUUCUGCCCGCCUGCAAUUUGUUCUUCUACGUGGGCUUCGUGAUUGCCGAGCGUUUGCUCUAUCUGCCCAGCGUUGGCUACUGUCUGCUCCUUGGCCUUGGCUUCGGCCAGCUUCGGCAGCGCUAUCGAAGUCCUAGCCAACGGCGACUGCUUCUAUUUUGCCUUGGCUUGAUACUGAGCGCUUUUAGUAUGCGCACAGUUCAACGCAAUCACGACUGGCUUAAUGAGGAACAGCUCUUUCGCAGCGCAGUGGCUAUUAAUCCACCAAAAGCACUGGGCAAUCUGGGCAGUGUGCUGAGCUCCCAGGGACGCUACGAGGAGGCGAAGCUGGCGCUUCAAGCGGCCAUCUGGCAACGGCCAACUAUGGCGGAUGCUCACUAUAAUCUGGGCUGGGUGCAUCAACAGCAGCAGAACUACAGCAGCGCAGUGAACUGUUAUCGACGAGCCAUUCAACUGCAUCCACAGCUGGCAGUGGCAUAUCUCAAUCUUGCCACAUCGCUGCUGGCUGGCAACUCUAGUGAGGAAGCUGCCGCAGUGUUGCUGAUGGGCGCCAGGUUGCAAGGACGCGGCGUGCGUGAUCGCAAGGCGCACUUGGAGGUGCGGCUAAAGGCUUACCUGCAGUUGGCUUCACUUCAACGUUCGCUGGACAAACGAGACCGAGCAGUUGAACUGCUGAAUGAGGCGCUCACUCUGCCACAAAGCGUGGCUCAACGCGCUGAGCUGCAUCAGCGUUUGGCUGUGUUGCAUGCCGAGUUGCAACAAUGGCCAGCAGCCGAGGAGCAACAACAGCAGGCAUUGAAGCUGCAACCCACUGAAAGUGGCAUCUUUGUUCAAUAUGGACAAUUGUUGGCCAGGAAUCGCAGCCGCAGCGCAGAGGCAGAAAUGUGGUUCAAACGCUCGCUGAUGGUGUCGCCUCUGGAGGCCAGCGUGCAUCAUCAUUAUGCUGAAUUCCUGGAGCAACAGCUGCGGCCAGAGGAAGCACUCGUCUAUCGGCUGCGUGCCACCUCGCUGGCACCGCAUAAUUAUGCACUACAAGCGGCUGUGGCAGAUGCACUGCGUCUGCUGCAUCGUCUGGAUGAGGCGGAGCUGUGGUAUCGUCAUGCGGCCGCGUUGCAUCCGCAGGCAGCGCAUGCACACGCCAAUCUCGGCGCCAUGCUGCAGAUGCGUGGCCUGCGGCAACAGGCGGUUGCAUGCUAUCGCAAGGCCUUGCAACUGCAGCCGGGCCAUGCCACAAGUCGCAUCAAUCUGGCUAAAAUGAAUGUCAACAUUGAUGCCAAAACAUAACAAGCAACCAACCAACCAAAGAGGCCUUUGCAAAGCGAUUCAAAACAAAGCAACAAAGCUAGCUAGAUUUUACGAAAGUAAUUAACAAAAGUUCAAAGCGAAGAAGAAAAGUCUGUUGCAUUUACAAUUCAUUUUCAAUAAAUAUAUUUAUACAUAUUUUCUGAUA